GGGGGCGGUGGGGGGGUGCCCGGCAUCUGCUCCCAGCUCACCCCCACCAGCCGACCCACGGAGACCUUGCUGUGAAAGGCCAGAGGUGAACCUGGGAGUGGCCGAGUCUGCAGAGCGCCCCCGCCGCCGGGACCAGGCCGCCGGAGGGACCGCGGAGCGCGGAGAGAAAGGCCCGAUUGUGCGGCGCGGCCGGAGGAGCGGCGUGGGCGGCGCGGGAGCCCGAGCGCAGGCCUCGCCCAGCAGCUGCCGCCGAGCGGCCGGGUCACGUCAGCGCCGGCGAGCGGAGCCCGCAGAGGGGGCGCCCGCAGCCCCUCCACAAUGCGGCCUUUGUCGGCCCGGGGGGCGCCUCCGUCGGGAUGAAUGGCGCGCGGGCCUCCUGAGCAGGGAGGCGGCCCGCGGCCCCGAUCUGGGCUCCCCUCUGCCGGGGGGGGGUCCCCCCGGGAUCGCAGCGCGGCCUGCUAGGGGCCGCAGGAGGGGCCCCCAAGCCCCCCGGAGCCCCCCACCCGGCCCCCCGCCACACAACCGGCACCGGGCGGAGCCCGGGGCUGGGCGCUCCGGACCCGCUGCUGCCCCGCGAGGCCUGGCCCUCGGCAUGGCCUCGUGGCCGGGGGACAGCGCGGGCCCCGACCCGCUCGUUGUCCUGCUGGCCGUCAUCCUGCUAGCGCGCUUCCUUCUGUGGGCCUGCCUCGGCACCUACCUUGAUCAUAGGCUGGCCCGGCCGCAGCCUGCAAAACCCAAGGAGGACUAGGCAUCCGUGGCCGCAGCACUCGGCGCCAAGCGCCUUCCCCUCUGCAGGACACUGUCCCAGGGAUGACCUGUCCUGCGGCUGGGGGUGCCGGGGGUGGAGGGGGGCAGGCACAUAGCCCCUGCAACCCUCCCGUGGGGGAGACAUGGACCAGGCUCUGCCCAGACUGAUCAGGCUGUGUGACCGCAUCACCAGCCAGCACAGCCACCAACCCCG